AUGAGGGCCGCGUCCACGCUCGCCGUCUUGACCCUCGGCAGCCUCGGGAUCGCUGCCCCAAAGCUCGGUGGCAUCGGGAGCGGACUUGGCGCCCUCGGCGAGCUGGGCCUGGGGAUUCUAUCAGGCCAGGCAGAUGCCAAUGACUGCCGCACCUGGAAGACGGGGUGCGCCCAGCCAAGCUGCUCACUCUACCAGAUUUUCGUGGGCGGCUACUGCCAAGACACCAAUACCCCCAACAUUGUCUGCUUCAGGGGCCAGAUGUGGGAUUCGUCGAGGCGUACGUGCGUGACCAUCCCGGCGGGCCAGCCUGGCUCGACUAUAAAUCCGUGCCAAGCUGGCAACUCGUGGGUCGACCUGUGCAAUCAUUGCGGCACGUACGGCCCCAAUGAUGGCUACUGUCUGUCGGAUCAGUGCCCUCCGGAGUGCAACGGCAGCUGCAACAACCAGGGCUAUUGCACUUAG